AUGCUCAAGAAGGUGAAUCCUACGAACAAGAUUCUUGUAAAGUAUUUGCAGACGGUGAACCCUGAUGUUGAAACUGGGGUGUUACUUGAAAUCGAAGCUGGCUCUUCCAAGCCAUCAAAGAAAACGAAGUCUAAUAAAUCUUCGCCCAAGAAAGUUGAGGGUGAUGAGAAGAAGAAAGUAGAAGAGAAUGAAGCUCAGCCUUCGAAAGAAGUUGUUCCUUCAAAAUCAGGAAUUCUUAAACGGAUUCGUAUGAAAUCAUCUAAACGAACUUCGUCUGAUGACUCUCUGAUGGUUUGUAAGACUCAGGUUAGCAGUAAAGGAGUGGUAUUUUGUGAAAUACCUGCUCCUGUUUCACCGUUAUCCAAAAAGAGACGUGCUCAUGAUGUUGCGAAGCACAUCACACAAAAACGGUACAAGCGAAAGCUUGUAAUAAGAGAUGAUUCCUCAGACAACGAAGUUGUUCCUGAUACUCCUAUUGCUUCGACUUCUAUGGUAACCUCAACACCUAUAAUCUCUUCAAUUUCGAAUGUUUCUAUCAUUUCUCCUACUCCAACCAUUCCACUCGAAAAAUUGGUAACCAAGGUUAACUUUGUCAUCUCACAUCACCACUUCCACUACCAUAGCCACCUACAACUUCAAAAUCAACCCCCUAAACCACCGCUAAGACACAAAUUGAGGCCUCAACUAUGUUCGCCCCACCCUUGCGACCAUAACCCAACCAACCUCGCCGUCUCUAGCUCUGCCGGAGAGCCUUGCUGCAAAAAAACCGACCCUCACCGGAAAACGGCUGUUACAGCCUCCACCUCCCCUCCAUUCUCCAAAUCACUAUAA